AUGAAUGAGAAAUUGCCGACAGAGUACGAUCUAUCUGUUCCCCCCAUGCGCGCUGAUGGUUUCGAUGCUGAUACCGAGAGACCAUUGCGCAUUCUGUCUUUGGACGGAGGAGGUGUUCGGGGUCUCUCCUCCCUAUGCAUCCUGCGUGAGGUGAUGCAGCGUCUCAGUCCAGAGGGCAAACCCCGAAAGCCUUGUGAAGUGUUUGACAUGAUUGCUGGUACCAGCACCGGAGGCCUGUGCGCCAUUAUGUUGGGCCGACUGGAGAUGACUGUUGAUGAGUGUAUCGAGGCAUACAACCAGUUCAUGAAGAAAAUCUUCAAUGUUUCUUCUCUGAGGAAGAACACACGCCUUGUCUGGAAGGGUUGCAGAUUCGGUGCCGAUAAUAUUGAAGCGGUUAUUAAGGAGUUGAUAAAUGAGAGAUUGGGUGACUCUGAAGCACCUCUCCUGAAUGAGCACGGCCAGUGCAAAGCCUUUGUCCUUGCCGUUCGUCAAGACGCCGCCAACAGCAAAGGACCUGUCCACCUGCGUUCUUACUUCAACACACAGCAGAAGUCUCUUCUUCCCAAUGUAAAGGCGUGGGAGGCUUCUCGAGCAACAUCUGCUGCUCCUACUUACUUCCCGCCCAUGGAGGUCUCCACCGACAAGGGGGUAAAGCACAAGUUGAUCGAUGCUGCUCUGGGUGCUAACAACCCUGUUGGAUGGCUAUGGAACGAAGUCCUGAGCGUCUUCGGUGCCGGUCGUCCCAUCGACUGUAUUCUAAGCAUCGGCACCGGUAUCCCCAAGAACCAAGUCUUCGGCGAGAGCGUAAAAGGUGCCAUCACUGGUCUGGGCAGUGCAAUCACAAACACAGAGCUGGCUAACAUUCUCUUCCGCACGCUGAUCGACGCGUACGCCCCGGAGUCCAGACGGCUUAAGUAUAUCCGACUGAAUGUUGGCCGCGAAAUUGAGGAUUGGCCAGAGGAUGCUAUGGAGAAGGAGAAUGAAGAGCUUGCUGAGAUGGAUAGUCUUACGCAGAUUGAUGGGUUUAUCGAAAGAACAGAGCAGUAUAUCAAGGAACAGGAGCCUCGCAUUCGUCGGUGCGCUAGCACCUUGAACAGGAAUUUGUUCCGUCGCUAG